GGCAGUGCCCAGCGCGGCCCGGAGGCGCUCGCCCGGUGUCCCCGCCGCUUCCUGUCGGUGCGGGGCGGGACCGGGGAGGCCUCAGGCGGGCUGGAAAGCCGCCGGUAGCGCGGGGGAUGGCGGCCAGAAACCCGGGCACCGAGCUGGAACUUGGCUGGAUCUCAAAAGUGUAUGUGAAUCAACCUGCAGUUGUAAGGCAUGCAGAACAAAUUCAGAAAUGGAGAACUGUGAAAGGCAAUUGGCAAGCUGCUUGGCUGCUGAAAGCUGUCACAUGUAUAGACCUUACCACUCUUUCAGGUGACGAUACUCCUUCAAAUGUUCACAGAAUGUGUUUUAAAGCUAAGCAUCCCAUCAGAGAGGAUCUGCUGAAAGCCAUGGAUAUGCAUGAUAAAGGUAUUACUGUUGCAGCAGUUUGUGUAUAUCCUGCAAGGGUCACUGAUGCUGUUAAUUCCUUAAAGGCUGCUGGUUGCAACAUACCAGUAGCUUCAGUGGCUGCUGGGUUUCCAUCUGGACAAACUCCUCUAGAAACCAAACUGGCUGAAAUAAAGCUAGCUGUGCAGUAUGGUGCCAGAGAGAUCGACAUCGUCAUUAGCAGGAGCCUGGUGCUGAGUGGCCAAUGGGAAAGUCUCUAUGAGGAGAUCCGCCAGUGCCGUGAGGCCUGUGGAGAAGCUCACAUGAAAACAAUCCUAGCAACGGGUGAACUGGGGUCCCUUGCUAAUGUCUACAAAGCCAGCAUGAUAGCUAUGAUGGCAGCCAGGAGGAAACAAAGACAUUACAAACUGGAGACUGGUGAGACCCAGCACUUCGUGUUUUUCACGCAAAUCCAAAGGGAGGACAUUGGCCCCAAAAUGCUCUUGGGAAGUUCCUUUGAUACUGGAAAUCUCCCCGGUGCAGAAAAAGCUCUACAGAAGCCUCCACCUGUGCUAGCUGCCUCCUUAUAUGUAGGAGACAGUAUGGAUGAGCAGCUGAUGCUGGCAGUUUGUCCUCUGCAUGACAAAUAGGUGGCUGAACUGCAGAAUUGAAUGCUGGACAGAUUCUGACUGUGGCAUUAAGACAUGACUUUUAAAUCUCAAAAAUCAAUUGCGCCUUCCUCUAGGUUAGAGUCGGAACAGAAUCUUAAACUGCUUUUAUCAUGAAGUGUUGGAAAACACUCAAAAUGACAUUGAAGUGUCAUGAUUUUGGCUCUAUUAUGUAUUUUUUUUAAAAUCUUUAAAAUUCAUAGCACCUUCUAAUCUUGAUAAAGUAGACUAAUUUUCCAGUUGCUUUGUUCAGUAUGGAGUAUCUCCAAAUGGAUUUUAAGAAGCUCUUUUUCAAUUUGAGUAAUUUUGUUACAAGCUAAUAGACAAUAUGUAAGCAUACCUGACUUAAUGUUAACAUAUUUGUUUCAGAGUUGCUAUCAACACUAAAAAGCACAAAGCUAUAUCUGGUUGCUAAAAUAUGGUAUGCGAUAUGCCAUGUAGUGCUGUGAUUCCAAACAGUCAUGCAUAUUUAUUAUUUACUUCCAAGUCGUAGUGCUAUUACUGGCAGAUAUAUCAGGGCUUUAGCCACAAUUUUUAUUAUGUCAUGUACUAGGCAACAUUGUGAGAGACUAAGUUGUAUUGAUCCAAAGCCAGGAAUGCCAUCAGGGAAAAAGCCUGACCUAGAACAUUACUGUUUUAAUUAUAUCACAAUUUAGGAUAGUUUAAUGUUGUUUAGAUUAUUUUAAGUGUGAACAAGUAAAUGAUGCAAUACAAUUCAAUGUUUGUAGAGGAAGCUUAAUGGGUGAGAUUUUCAAAUCAAAUCUAGCUUCUCCCACAUUUUUUUUUUUGACUCAGCUCAGUACAAGCACAUGGCUGGGUGUUGAAAACCUGAGUGUCUGCAUCUCAUCUGAAAAGAGAGGCCAACCUUUAUGCGGCUUUGUAAUGGAACAGCAACUUGUCUUAGCAGCAACCAGUGUGUCACGGGUAAAGUGAUGAGAAUGAAUGCAAUGGUUCCUUCUCAAACACCCAUCGUACCUGUAGCUGCUGAACGUGUGAUACUAACACUCUGCCAGAGCAGGGAAAGGUCACCUUCCCCCUCAUAGCCCCUGGCUACGUCAAUGUCCUCGUACAGAGACAAUGUGUUAUUUUAUAACCUUUAGCUUUUUUAUGCAAUUUAUGACUUUUGGAUGUUAGGGUGAGCUGCAGAAUUCAGCUAUCGCUAUCUUUGCAGCAAAGAAUGGGAAUGAGGUGUUGAAAGAUGUGACUGCCUUUUUUGUAGGUCACCUCUGCGUAACAGUGAAGAUGAUGGUGGCAAUGAGAGGGAGCGGGUCUGCUGCUCUGUGCUCUCCUGCGCUGCAGUGCACUUCCACUAGAUUUUAUGCAGUGCUGUGCCUACCCUCAUCAGUAACAACAUCCUUUUGCCAGCUUUGCAGUGUAGUUUGUGAAUGAUUUUAUUUUGGGGAUUUUUUGGGGAGUGGGAGGUUGUUUGUGGUUCUUUGGCUCUUCAAGUAUUUUGGUAUUUUGUGUCUUGCUCAAAACCAGAGGCAAGUGGCAAACCACACCGUUGUCUGUAAAGGAUAAAAGCAUUACGGCUGGAUAAGCUGAGAGGAAAGGUAUAUUUUUUCUCAGUGAUAAUUGCAAAGCUACCAUUAGGUGUUGGGAUGUAUUGAUUUAUUUAUUCUUUCUACCUUUAGCUCGUCACGUGUCGUUAGGCAAACUGCUUAACCAAUUUCAGUAUUGCCAUCUGCAAAACAAAAUAAGGUUAAUAUAGGUCAUUACUGUAAAGCCCUGGAGUGUAAUGCACGGUACACAUUUUUGAAUAAGUAUAAAUGAAAAUCUCAGUAAAGGAGCAUGAAAUUUAACAAGCAGAAAACAAUAUAGGGAUUCCUUAAGCUUCCAUGUGGUCCCAGUAGUUGCUCUUGGGAAAAUGUCCUGCUGCUGCUUCUUUGGAGAGGACAAGGAAUGACUGAUGCACAACUGCCUGUACUAAUCCUGCACCCGUGCCAUAUCCCAGCCUGGAAAUAUGGUAGGGGACUGGGAGCAUCUUUUUCAUAUGUUUUAGUGUGGUUUGAAGCCAAAGCCAAGAGCCACCAUUGACAAUCCCAGCUGUGGCCUUUGAGAUUGGAGCAUGUCACAUGUCAGUUACUUAUUUUUCUCUUUCACUGUGUACAAUAGGAAUUGGAUUGGAAGAAAUGUUCUAAAAACAACAAAAGUCAAUACUAUAUAGCAGAGUGACGAAGGUGGUGUGGAUCUUUCUUUUGAACCUUCUCAAGAAACACAUUUUAAAUGAACACACAAGAAACUAAUAUUAAUUAAGAAAUAGUAUCCUAUGGAGACCUGUGGUAGACACUAUAAUAGUGCAUUAGCAAGCUAUGCAUAAUUCAGCAAUGCUGAAUUCUUUCAGAGAUCAUCUACAGGGAAUUUUGCUUAAGUAUGGACUUAAUAAUUUGUCCCUUUGUGUGCGUGCGUAAGUGUUCCUAAGGGCAUCAUUUGGCCUGCAGAUCGCCUAUUACCAGAGAUGGUGUACAAGAAAGGAAGCAUCCAUUUCUAGUCUUGAAAACCAAGCUGAGAUGAUAGGAUGGGUCAUUAGAAAGGUUGUCAUAUUUGUAAACAGACAUUAGACAUGGAGCCCCAUGAUGCGACUCUUUUUCUUCCUCAUACAGGUACUUUUCAGAAAAGAAUUGGAAAAAAGAAAAAGUUCACAAAAUACCAAGUUAUAAGCCAGCAAUUUCAAAAAUGGUAGCUUAGACACCAGCAUAUGAAAACAUGCAUAAGUACCUAAAUAAGUGGUCUGGCAGUGUAGCCAUGUGUGAUGGAGUUCAAGCUACUCAGUGAGCUCCUGCUCAAGUGAGUCGUCACAGCUGUGUAUUCUCUUCUCCUCAAUAGCAAAGUUAAGCUAGCAGGAAAUGUCUUUUAUCUUGCAACUGGAGUUGUAGGACAUGUAGGGGGACUAUUAUGAUGCUUCAGCUAACAAGAAUUAGCUACUUCAUUAGCCUUUUGUACCUUGCCCUGCCUCUCAUUUUCAGUGAGUUGAUAACCUGGUAGCCCCUGGUCGGGGUAACCACGUGUGAAUCUUAAGACCCUUAUUUUAGGUACUCAUAAAAAGAUGGCUUGCUCAUGCAACUUUAUGCAUAUUUGAUAAUGUAUUAUUUUAUGAUUGCUACUUUGUCAGUACAAACAGCAGGGGCUUACGCAGGUCCCCUCAACAGCAUGACUCUCUGCCACUACUCCUAGAAGUCUUGUGGGCAUGUGUUCACCCUGUGCUGCCAUAUAUUGUUAUAUCUGAGUUGCAGCAACCAAGAUACAUUUCUGCUCGUUGCAAGUACGUACAAGGUAGUAUGGCAUAAUUGUCCCUCUGCAAGCGCCUGUCUCUGAACUAUUGUUUGGAACUGCCAGAUGUAUCUUUGCUCUUCAUUAAGAGUAAGGCAACAACACAGAGUCUGUAGUUAUCAGAAGAUAAUCAUUCCCCAAGGGCAUUUGAAGCACUUCACAACCAAAAGGUUGUGAUUACUCUACAAUUGCUAUACUGCUUAUUAUUGCUUAUUGCUUAAUUAUGGAACCAUAAUUCAUUUCCUGGAUGCUCUAAUCUAAAUAACAUUCUCUGAUUCUCGUGCUGUGUUUCAUUUUUAGGCGGACUGGGAAGCUUUGUGGUGUUUUGAGAUGACAGAGGGAAUAGCAAUGGGAUAGGCCAGUCGUGCCUGCUCUAUUCUGGCCUUCAGGAGACCAGGACGUUCAAUUCCUGCCCUGCCAAAUGGUUGCUGAGAGGCCUUGGGCAAGUCACUCUUUUCUGUAUGCCUCAGCACUACAGUCAGGUACAACAGUAAAUAGGGCCCUAUGAGUAUCUAGGAUAGAUAAAUUUAAUGGGCUUCAUCUUAAUCUUUAGGUGUGGAUUCACACAACAAGCUAUGAAGGCACAGCUUUUAAUUUAGCAUGUGCAAAUUCAACUGGCUUGUUUUAAAUGGCCUUUGGUCGAGUGCAGUGGCUGAAGUGUGUGUGUAGGGUGAGAGAGCGAAGGAAGAGGGUUUUAGUAUCUUAAAAAAAUACUCUAGCUGAUGUCACAAGGCAUGUGACCGCAACCCAAGUGGCCUGGCUCUCGACUGUGCAGAGAACUUGGUUUCUCUGUACAGACUGGCAGUGGUCACAUUUCUUCUGGUUUAUACAGAUUUCUGUCUCCAAUUACACGAAAGCAAUGUUUGCUGGGCCUUGGUGCUGUAAAGCAUCCCACGCAGGUGGGUUACUGGGUUUGCAGCAAGCCAAGCUGAAACAGGCAUCUAAUGCUGCUGUGUUUCAAAGGGCUUUGAUGUCUGAACUCCUUAGUGAUUCAAUGAGUCGUGCCUGACUCACUGCCUUGAAAGGUAAUGCAUUAUUGUGGUUGCACACUGGAAAAGAGUAAAAAGUGUGGCCUUUUCCAGGCUUACUGGUCUACAAGUCUACACCGAUAAACUCAUUUUGUAAGUUUGACUUAAUUUUUCGCUGAAUGAGGUAACCUACCCUAAGGAAGGGGAAAGUGACCCAGGACAUAUUUUAAUGUCAGCCUUGAUAUUUGCAUGUAUACAUUCAUAGGAAGAUGAGAGGAUGCAUGAUAAAUUUUGGUUUCUAAAUCAUCACCUAAAUUUCCAAAUGAUACUCCUGCUGAACUUCAUUCCUUAGACUUGUUUUUGAAAACAUGAGUAAGAAAUAGAAUUGAUGAAAUGCUUUUUGUUAUUACAAGGCUGGCAUAAAUUCUACUUAAUGAGCUGCUUUUUAUGGCAGUGGUUGAUUUGUAAAUCCCCCUUUUCAUUACUGAAAUCUACACACUAAUAAUAUGUUACAUUGUGGUGCUCUCUGCUAGAGUGCAUCUUCCGAGUUCUGUGAGAGGCUGCCUGGAGUCCUGCAAGGAAGCUCUUGUAUCAUAAAUAGAAUUUGUUCAUGAAAUAAAAAUGUAUUGUUUUCAUUGUUAGAGGAUGCUACUAAAUUGGCUGUAUGUUUGUCUAAUAAUCACAUCUAAAGCUGAUUAUUCUGGUAAUAGCCUUAAGAUAUUAUUUAAAAAUA